GUGGCUGCACGUUGCACUCUGCAGCACUUGCGCACUUCUUCCACCUCUCCGCAUACUGAAAUCCUCUCUGCGCCGACUUUCCAUCACAGCCAGCCUGGAAGUCUGCCGGUGGUCGAAGGGCCGUCGUUGUGAGGUGUCCACCGAGACAACUGAGAACGGCAUCGUGCACCACCACCACCCCGUCCCUUUCCCCACCCUCCCCUUAACCCUCCUCCUCUCCUCUGGCCGUUGUUGCGCUUCUGCUGCUGCAGAGUCCAAGUUCAGGUGAGCCCGGUCUCCGGUACAACAAGUACCUCCUCUCUCCGGUACCCUAACCGGGGGAUGCUCGCCUCCUCCCGUUAAACGCCAUGCUAUAAAUGGGCCGCACAGGAUGUGAAGCCUCACCAGAAGAAGCAGGAGGAUGGCUAAACCAGGCUUGUCUGCGGCGGUGCUGCUGCUCCUGCUGGGCUUCCUCUCAGCGUCCUCCGUUAAUGCCGACACCCUGCUGUCAGCACCGCUCAAUGUGACCAUCAGAGAACUCGAGGUUAACUCUGCUGUGGUUACGUGGGAAAUCUUGGAGGGAGACCCUGUCAUCGGAUUUGCCAUCACCCAACAGAAGAAGGAUGUACGCAUGCUGAGGUUCAUCCAGGAAGUGAACACCACCACACGCUCCUGUGCAUUGUGGGAUCUGGAUGAGGACACCGAGUACAUCGUCCACGUUCAGAGCAUUAGCAUGGGAGGAAGCAGCCCUCCAAGUCAGCCUGUGCUAUUCAGAACGCCAAAAGAGUCCGAGAAGAUGGCUUCCAAAAGCCCUGACGAGGUGACGAUGGAGGAGGUCGGCGAUGCUGCCCAGCUGAGGGCGGGAGAACUCAUCAUCAUCGUAGUGGUGCUCGUCAUGUGGGCAGGUGUGAUCGCCCUGUUUUGUCGUCAGUAUGACAUCAUUAAGGAUAACGAGCCCAACAACAACAAGGACAAAGCCAAGAACUCCUCAGAGUGCAGUACCCCAGAGCACCCGCAGGGGGGGUUACUGCGAAGCAAUGUCUAAGAUCAGCCCUGCGUCACCUUCUGCAAUAACCAACUCCUUAAACCUCAGGACAGAUCCUGAGACCAACGGAAAGCCAUUCUCAGAAAAUAUACUCAAGAACAGAUAAUCCAUUACAGAAACUCUUCUUGACACAAUGGAGAGCUCUGCAGCUACAACAGGCACAAAUGUGAACUUGCAAAAUGAAAAGCUGCAAAACAGUGAAAGAGGAAACACCAGAUGAUAAAACUCCUUUCACUUUUGUAGCAACCCAAAAAUGGAUCGCGGCUGAUGCAGACACGAGAUAUUAAAUGGCUGUCGGUCAAGCUCUUCUUGACAAGAACUGCUUAACCCGUAUGUUCCAGUUACUCCACAUCGGUGGCAUCCAAUCCCAGGAGUGGAUCAUUAAACAUGAAUGUCAGCUUCAGCGUGACAAGAGUCUCAAUUUGGAUUUGAAUCAUGGACGGACAUCAUGGACAGAAACUGCUCUAGCGAAAUUGUAAAAAAACAAAAAAACAAUUGCACCACAGAAAAUCUGACAACUUAUCACAUUGGCCAAAGAGCAUCCGAUCCACUCACCAGUUCUUUUUGUGUCCAUAGGUGUCCUGAAAGCAGCUAUACUUGCAGCAGAGGACUUUUAAGUGCUCAUUCACACUCGCAGCCUCCCUCCUUUGUACGUCAUAAACCCAGAUAUAACUAUGUAAUUUAAAUCAUUGUGACAUGAUGAAUAUCUGUGAGCUUCUCAGUAACCCCGGCCUUAAAUCCAACUCCUGUUCAUCUUCAACCCGAAGCCUAUGGCUAAAAAAGAGCCAAUUCCCACUUGUUUGUCUGUACUGUAGACUGGAUGACUGAAUACUGAGAACCUUGAAUAAGGCCCUACAUAGUGUAGAGAAGAAUAGGGCCGUUUACUUAUGGCAUAUAUUGUUCAUUAUGUCAAAGCAAAUAACCAAGAAGCAUGGAUUUACAGCAGAAUAAUGUGAGUCUGUGUUUUAUGUACACCAUGUCUGUUGAACUAUUUUGAUGUUAAUGGGAUAAAACCUGUUCAUGAGGGCUAGCAUGACUCUGCUAUU